AUGAUUUACAAUGCUGAUGAAACGGGCCUUUACUACAAAAUACUGCCUGAUAGGACUUUAGCCAUGAAGAAAGACAAGACCAGCAACGAAGGUUAUAAACAGAUCAAAGACAGGGUGACAAAGUUAUUUUGCUGUAACUGGACGGGUCAUCACAAGCUAACACCUCUUUGUACUGGCAACUUUGCAUCCCCAAGAUGUUUCCACAAUAUCAACAUGUCAUCAUUACCACUGGACUACGAUCACAGCAAGAAUGCCUGGAUGACAGCAGCAAUUUUUGAGAAGUGGUUUCACCAGACGUUCAUCCCUGGUGUCCGUAGGCACCUUAGAAGCAAGGGAAUGGAACCACGAGCAUGCCUACUUCUAGACAACUGUCCAGCCCACCCCCCUGCAGAGACGUUGAAGUCCAGAGAUGGCAAGAUUUUCGUUUAUUACCUUCCAAAGAAUACAACGUCCAAGAUUCAGCCCCUAGAUCAAGGCAUCAUUUCUGUGUUCAAGGCCAAUUAUAGUCCAUGUAUAUAUAAGUCCAUGGUUGAAGAAGAUAAGAGUGUCCCUAUGUUCCUGAAGACUGUAAGAAUUAAAGAAGCACUGUAUUUGUCUGAGUCAGCCUGGGGAGCAAUCAAGCCUGAAACAAUUCAAAAUUGUUGGACUAAAGCCCUUGGAGGUCCCAUCACAGAGAACCCCACUACUGUUGAAGAAGACGAAGAUGAAGACUUCCUAGGUUUCAGUCCAGAAGAAGUACGGGAGGCAGAACAGAAGUUGAUCUCGGCUGUCCACUCAAGUAUACCAGUACAAGAAAUCCUUGCAGCAUGGUCCACCAUAGAUGAUGACGUCCCAAUAGCAUCCUCCAUUUUAGCUGAAGAAAACCACAAUGAAGAUGAAGAAGAAGAAGAAGAUCCUGUCCCAGUACCUCCAACUAGAACCGCUGAUGAUGCAGUUAAAGGACUUGAAGUGGCCUUAGAGUACUACGAGCGUGUGGGAGAUAAAGUAAAGACACUACAGCUGAAGUCUCUCAUAAGAGAUGCCAAGAUGAGAGCUUCUAGGAACAAGAAGCAAGCUGACAUCACCUCAUAUUUUACUAAAAAAUAA